GUUGGAUCUGCCUACUUGGAGUAUAGAUAAUCUCAAAAGUAUAGCCAUUCAACAGAGGUUACCUCGACCAAGGAGCUUAGCUUGGAGCAUCCUAUUGAAUGCUUUACCACCACCAAAUGCAGAUAUUGUCUCAAGUUUAAAGGCUCAUCGAAAUUUAUACAAUGACUUGAAGGAAAAACUAUCGAUGGACCCCAGGGCGGUCAUUGGCGACGAUCCACUUUCUCAGAAUGAAGAGAGCGUAUGGAAACAGCAUUUCUGUGAUAAUGAGCUCAAAACUUUGAUACUACAAGACGUUGUCAGGACAUUUCCCGAGGAGGUUUACUUCAGGGACAAAGAAGUACAUGAUAUGAUGGUUCGUGUGCUGUUCUUCUGGGCGCGUUCCCACUCUAACGUGGGAUACAGGCAAGGCAUGCACGAGAUACUGGCCCCAUUACUGUUUGAGCUGCAUGCAGAUAGAACAUUCGCCCCCAAGGAUCUGGGAGAGAAGUUACAAUACAUCCUAAAGGAAGACUGCCUAGAACAUGACAGUUUCAUGCUUUUCACUGCAAUAAUGAAAGGCUUGGAAAAGUUCUAUACGACGGGAGACGUCGUGCCAUCCUCGUGUGGGACGCUGCCCACGGCAAAAGUAACUCACAAUCCCAACGAAGUUAUAAGAUAUUUGGACAAUGUCCGAGAAGAGUUCCUGGUUCCGUUAGAUUUGGAGUUAGCCACACAUUUGUUCGAGUGCAAUAUAUCCAUGGAGCUGUUCGGAAUCCGAUGGCUUCGGUUACUCUUCGGUAGAGAGUUUCCCCGCUCCGAGAUCCCCAACUUGUGGGGAUUUUUGUUCUCGGAUGGACCAAUGUUACCCAACCUGCACUUCGUCAUAGUAGCCAUGUUAAUUUCUAUGAGAAAUACACUGCUCGACCCGGAUCCAGGAGUGAUCUUGUCAGCGUUGAUGCGACCGGUGUAUUUAUGCGUAGGAUACGUGUGUGCGCUGUCACUGCACCUAAGGGAGCCUUUAGAACAUCCGCGUCCGCCCACACCACAUAGACCCGUACUGCCACAGAACCACUCGGUGGAGAACCAGGUGCAGCGCUGGCACCUGGAGGAGAGCGGCGCGGAGCUGGACUCGGGGUCGGAGGGCGUGGCCGAGGGCGCGGACGUGGCGCGCGAGCUGGCGGCGCUCGGCCUCCUGCGCGCGCAGCUGCCCCGCGCCGCCGCCGCGCUCGCCGCCGCCCUGCCGCGCCCCCCGCCACACGUGCAGCAGCCGCUGCAGCAGAUACUGCAGUUGGCAGCCCUGGUUCAGUGCCGCAACCACGCGCUGAUAGACGUCGAAACUGCGCUAGAAGCCGCCGAAGGUCAAACAAACGAAAAGUUGGGGAAGCGGCUACUCGUCCCCGUCGCCGUGAUGAACAAACGUAGCACAUCACAAGUGAUGAAACCAGUGGUGAAGAAAGUGAAGGAAGUGCCCUUGAAGCUGUUCCACCAAGGUGAAAGUGUUGGUAGUGACUUGCCUUAUUUAGACCCUCUUAGGUUACGGACAGAAUGA